GUGCAGUUGUAACUAUUGACCUCCAGAUGGUGGCAGACAGACGUCAUCAUUGUAGUGAGGAUGGGCGUGGUCAGUGCACCCGGACCAAACAGACAUUUUUGUCAUUCCGGUUGACGGGAAACAGCUCACUACGUGACUGUGGCAACAGACAACCAACCUCGAUUUACUCUAAUAAGGAUUGCUUUUUGUAUCGACCGGAAAUUGGAAUCAAGAUGUUUUACACAUGUGGACCCAAUGAAGCCAUGGUGGUGUCUGGCUUUGGCCGUUCUCCUCCUCUAAUGAUUGCUGGAGGAAGAGUGUUUGUCCUCCCGUGUAUUCAAAAGAUCCAGAGAAUCACACUUAACACCCUGACUCUAAAUGUGAAGAGUGACAAAGUCUACACCCGUCGAGGUGUCCCGGUCUCUGUAACUGGCAUUGCACAGGUGAAGAUCCAGGGCCAGAACAAGGAGAUGUUGGCCACCGCCUGCCAAAUGUUUAUGGGCAAGUCGGAGGCUGAGAUUUCCAAUAUUGCACUAGAAACUCUGGAGGGACAUCAGAGGGCCAUUAUUGCUCAUUUGACUGUGGAGGAGAUCUACCAGGACCGUAUGAAGUUCUCCGAGCAGGUCUUUAAGGUGGCCUCCUCUGACCUGGUCAACAUGGGGAUUGGCGUCGUCAGCUAUACGCUCAAAGAUGUUCAUGAUGAUCAGGACUACCUUCACUCCCUGGGUAAAGCAAGAACAGCCCAGGUGCAGAGGGAUGCCAGGAUCGGAGAGGCUCAAUACAAACGAGAUGCUGUCAUGAAGGAGGCCCACGCAAUGCAGGAGAAAGUUUCAGCUCAGUACAAGAAUGAGAUUGAGAUGGCAAAAUCCCAGAGAGACUAUGAGCUGAAAAAGGCAGCCUAUGAUGUUGAGGUCAACACCAAGAAGGCGGAGUCAGAAAUGGCCUAUCAACUUCAGGUGGCCAAGACCAAGCAGCGCAUUGAGGAGGAGAAGAUGCAGGUUCAGGUGGUGGAGCGGACACAGCAGAUCACACUGCAGGAGCAGGAGAUCACCCGCAAGGAGAAGGAACUGGAGGCAAAAGUUAAGAAGCCUGCAGAGGCGGAGAAAUACAGGCUGGAGAGGCUGGCGGAGGCAUAUCGCCUGCAGCUUAUCAUGGAGGCUGAGGCCGAGGCCGAGUCCAUCAGAAUGAAGGGCGAGGCAGAGGCUUUUGCCCUGGAGGCUAAGGGUCGUGCCGAGGCGCAGCAGAUGGCCAAGAAAGCAGAGGCCUUCAAGCAGUACAAAGAGGGAGCCAUGGUGGACAUGCUGCUGGAGAAACUGCCCCUGAUGGCAGAGGAGAUCAGCAAGCCACUGUCGGAAGUCCAGAAGGUCACCAUGGUGUCCAGUGGCGGCUCAGAGGUGGGAGCAGCCAAACUUGCUGGAGAGGUGCUCGAUAUCAUGACCAGGCUGCCCAUGACUGUGGAGAAACUCACUGGAAUCGACAUCUCCCAGGCUACAGGAAAGACCAUGCGUGUGCAUUAAGAAGAGAAGAAGAGUAGAAGAAAUCAGGAGAGGUGUCACUAAUGAUCAGACUCAGAGCUCCACAUCUCCUGCUUGUGCCUAUAGCCACUGUAAUGACUGCACACUGUAGUCCUGUGUGAUUGUUUGUGUGCCUGCAUGUGUUUUGUUGGUUCCUCCUCCAUCUAAACAGAAUUGUUCUUCCUCCUUUAUGUGGUUUCCUUUCAUGAACAUGAUCUGAGUUGUUGUGCAUACUGCGGUGGGUGACAGCAGAAGCAGCUGCAAGGUAUACAGUUAUUCAUAAAGCUACUUUUUUUUGCCAGGAGGAGACAAAAAGCCUCAGUCCAAUUUAGCUGUUGAUGGUGCAAGUAGGAAUUCCUGUCAUUGUUUUUAAUUUUUUUAUCUGACCGCAAUCAGCCUCAUUUUCAUAAACUGUUCAUGUUUUUUUAAACUUUUUAAUGUAGAAAAUGUCUGCGGCUGUAGUUUAUCUAAACGUGUUUUUGUGCCUUUCACUUGAUUAAAUGGUGUUGCGCUCUUUAUCACAGCAUCACCUCUUAGUUUUCUGUGUGGCUGUAUUGUUACUGUCACUGUAGUUCUAGUAUUGACUAUAUUUGUGCACUCAUCCUUUAUAUAGAGACAAAGUUGGGAUGAGGCUAGUUUAUACCACAUGUUUGUUUGUAGUAAGAGACUAUAUUACUGGGCCCAAAAUCAUGUCAGGUGUAUAGCAAGUGGAAGUUGUGGUUUCAGAAUGAAAGGGCUGGAAGUGUUUUUUUGGGAAAGAAGCUGAAGGGGAUUCCUGUCAAAUGAAAGUAUGUUGUGGUGGGACAAUCAAUGCUGACUUUUUAUUGCAGUUUCUUCUUGAGUCCUGGCAUUUAAAUGGCGAGAGUAAAGAAGGACCCUCACAAACUAACUGACGGACUAACCAGCCUGCUGCUUCGAUAUACUUGCUGCCUGGAGUCUGCCUUAAACUGACAUACAAGAGAUAGUAUGAUUUUAUUUUUUUUAUGUAUUUUCCAUGAUAAUGUGAUGCUGAGUCUUAGCAGUCAGUCUUGAAGGCUCUCGUAGUUAUAAAAGGUUUUGAAAAACAGUAUCUCUGAUUUCUUUUUUCAGACUCUUAACCAACACAUUUUCCAACUGCCAAGCCAUAUGCAUUUUUUACCCCCAAGUGCCUGGUCAAAACUCGACAUUCAAGUCAAGUUUACUUCUUUAGUCAAGCCUAUUACAUUUCUGUCAGGUAAUAUGUCCUCAUAUGCAACUGAUACUAAGCCAUUGGCCGCAAAGGCUGUAGAUGAAAGCCAAAUCAGUCUCUGCUUCUUUUGUAUUUUAUUCAGUCUAGUCUUUUACUUUUCUGAAACAAUUGUCGUCGCAUGUGACAUAAGUAGUUGUUACUUAAUGUGGAAGUUGUAUACGAAUGUUACAUAUUCUAAGAGUUAUCUGCAGUGAAAUGUUCUAUAGACAAUAAAAUAUAGUUUAAUCACUGA